GCCUGUCUUUGCCGCCUCCCUCUUUUCCGGAUCCUCACCACCGAAUUUCUUGCGGCAAAAGAAAGCAAGAUUUAGACCCUCAAGCUAUUCUUCCAGUACUCGGUACUGAGUCGCUCGUUUUAUCGCAGCUUGGGGGUGUCUCGUGCACACACCCUCUUUUUGCCUCUUGCUCAAGCUCAAUCUGUUUCCGCCCGCGGCCCGAAGGUGUUUUGCAAUCCCUCCUCUCCCAGGAUUCGUGGACACAGCGUCAGGGGUUAUCAAACGUCAACCUUAGCGUGCCCUCCCGCCUAGCCACAUCGUCAUCAUCCCGUGUAACAGCAAUAUCCGACGUGCCACGCCGAGAAGAGGCAGAGGAAUUUCUCAGAGGCAUUAUCGUCCUGUCCCUUCGUGUAAACAGACACGGACAGAGACAGUCGCACCCGACAGACAAGCGCUGGCCGUUGGUGUUCACUGCCUCGCUGUCCCGCAGCACCAACCUACGACAAAACAAAUCAGGCCAAUUUCCUGGCCUGUCUUGAGACACGCCAGACUCGCCCAAUUGGAAGCACCCGACGCAGCGACCAAACACUCUCGUCAUCCCCUGCAACCCAGGAAGAUCGCGACCGAGCGGACGAGCGAUCUCUUGCGCAUCCCGUCUUAGCAAACCCGAAAUUUGACCCAGCGCUUGGCUGCGGAGCGGGCCCGCCAGAUCCACCACAUCCAGGCUUCCGGCCUAGGCAGUCCAGGCGCUCUCUGGACCCGGUUUUGGUGCAAUCUCAAUCCAAGCUAGCACAACAGAAUCCCGCACGGCCCACCCAGACUGCUCCCACAUUAGCGCCACCCACCCGCCGUGCCUUUUGCAGCGGCAGCUUAGGUUUCUCGUUCCUAGCCCAAAUCUGCAAGCUUCGACCUGGCGCGAGCCAAACGGCUGGACAACGUCAACAAUCUCCCAUUCCAGUCCAAUCGAGUCCUACUCGCCGCUAUUCAAAUUUUACCGUUCCUUGCGAGCUGGCAACCACGCCCACCCAAUCUCUCGACGACUCCGUCGGCACCCUCGUUCCCGUUCGAAUCUUUUAAACCGCAAUCGCGACUCUGACCGACGCCGUUGCCGUGGCUUUUUCUGCGAAAUUUCUGCCUCGCGCAUACCGACCAGCAACGUACCGCGCAACCAGGCCAAUUUGCCUCGAGUCCGACGACGUAGCACGUCACACAAAACCCGGCGUCUUUAGGUUACUCGCGCGCUCGUGCCUUAUUUCUCUGAUCGAUUUCUUAGUCUUGGACCGCGCACUAGUUUCGCUCCUCCAGACUGUCAAAACUGUCAUGGCUCGUUCAUAGACGCCCAAUCCCCCCCAUGAUCCGCGACUUGGCCUGUCACCCACAACAACCCAAGGUUUGACAGCCAGCCACCUCCGCAGGCACCCCAUACACUGCCUCGCGACAUCUUCGAAAUGCGAAUACCCCUCCGGCGGCGGCGUAGCGCCCCCCGGUCCGCGCUCUCUAACACUGUUUCUUCGAUUCUUGCCAUCUCGGGUCUCGCCUCGAUACCCACGACCGAUGCCAUUACGUUCAAACCCGCCCCCGCCACGAACCUCGAUGUUUCCCAGCUUGGUCGCGUUGGGAUUGCUGGAGACUUCUCCGGCAUCUCUUUGUACCAGUUCGAAGGCCAGACAGAGGCCGCUAUCAGCACAAAUGGUAGCGAGUCGCUGCUUGCGCGCACGCCCAAUGGCGCGCUAGCCAGCGUCCUCAACACAGAUGCGUCGAUUAACGCCAUGUGCGCCUUCAUGCUGAACAAUGGCAGCAUGGAGGGUGUUGUGCUCGGUGGGAACUUCACUAGUUUGGGGUCCAAGCAGUCUUCGGCCAUCGCGCUUUUCAACCCCAACACUUCCGAUGUCACGCCCCUCGUUGGUCUUCAAGGCCAGGUCAGCGCUGUGCUCUGCGACCGGGAGCGAAGCACCAUCUACGUCGGCGGCAACUUUAGGGGUGGCGGCUCGACCAAUGCCAUCGCCUGGGUGAACAAUCAGUGGACGAACCUCCCGUUCGGUGGCUUCAAUGGGCCCGUCAAGUCAAUCACCAAGGCAGCCAACGGGCACAUCAUCUUCGGAGGCGAGUUCACCGGACUCGGCAACGACAGCGUCCCGACCCAGCCCGAUGGCCAGGUCAUAAACCUCGUGGAUUCCUCGAUAACCUCGGGCUCCUCUUCGUCGGACGCGUCAUUCAGCGACCCAAGGAAUAUCAUUUGCAAGUCCGGCGCGUCUGGCGGCCCCGGAAACACCUGGCUGCUCCGCGACAACACCCCUGGCUUUUGGCAGGCGAGCUUUAACUUCGGUUUCCAGCCAACCAAGCUGCGGCUUCGCAACACGCGCCAAAACGGCCGCGGCACCAGGACCUGGCGUUUCACGGCCGAGCCCAUCAACGGCAUAAUGAACUUCACAUACAUCGACCCCGCCACCGGCAGGAACUCUUCUUGCACCAGCGAGUGCCCGCUGAGCGACAACAGCACUGUGCCAUUCCAGGACUUUCACUUUGUAAACGUUAUUGGCAUGACCGGUUUCCGGAUCGAUAUCUCGCAGUUCUACGGCAGCGGCGGCGGCCUCGAUGGCAUCGAGCUCUUCCAGGACGACAUCUUCGCAUACGCGGUCAACCAGUUCAACGAGCCAGCCUGCGCUGGUCUCGCGAACCCCUCGCGGGCGACCACCACUGGCCCUUUCUCCACCUCUCCAUCCCAGAUUAGCCAGUCGCAGUACCUGCUAGCUCAACUCUCCAGCCCCAUCAACUCCCAGUCCGCAUCCAUCACCUUCACUCCCGACAUUCGCGAGUCUGGCGACUACUCGGUCAACAUGUACACUCCGGGCUGUAUCCCAGACGGCACCUGUGCGACCCGUGGACAAGUCAACAUCACCAUAAACCCUAGACCUGGCUUUUCCCAGUCUGUGCAGCUUUUCCAGACGAACAACUUUGACAAGUUCGACCAGAUUUACUUUGGACAGAUGCAGGCCAGCGGCUCGUUCCGCCCGACCGUUGUCAUGACUCCGCUUAAUGGUCAGUCUCUUGACAGCAUGACCUUUGUUGCCCAGAGAGUCGGCUUCACUCAGAUCAACUCCACCGGCGGGCUCAAUGGCCUGUUCGACUACAACCCGGCCACGCCCACUAUCGACCCGACCGAGUUCCAGAAUUCGGGCUUCCACAAGCUCGGCGCUUCUCUGGCACCGUCGGCUACCGUUGUCGCUCUUGCAUCGGCUGGCGACACAACUUAUAUUGGCGGAAACUUCAACGGAGACAGUGCCAGAAAUGUCGUUGGCAUCAACUCACGUGACUCGUCGACGCAGUCUCUGAACGGUGGCCUCAACGGCGCUGUUGGCGCCAUGGCCUCGAACGGGAACAACCUCUACGUGGGCGGUAGCUUCUCGGCCACACAGGACAACUCGGUCACCGGCCUGAACGGUGCAGCGGUGCUGGAUACCGCAACCAAAAGAUGGAGCGCUCUUGGUGGUGGGGUUGAGGGCAACGUCGUGAACGUUGUCCUGAUGACCAUGAAUAUCACGGGCACAACCCCCGAGGUCGUGGUCAGCUUCAGCGGCGGAUUCGGUCAGCUGCGGGCUUUCAACGGCAACCCCGCUGUUCCUGUCAACGGCUUUGCUAUCUGGGUUCCAUCACAGCGCAACUGGCUCAACAACCUCAAUGGCACCGUCGAGUCCAUCGACGGUAUCCUCUCGUCGUCGAUACUGAAUCUGCCUGGUGGCGGGGAUUUGUACUCGGGCUCGGUAUUGUUCUCAUCGGUUGGCACUAAUGGAGCCGCCGUCUUGGAUGGCAUCUCGCUGCGUGGAUUUCCCGCUCGAAUCCAGCCAAGGGCAACCGUGUCGUCGGCGGGCAGGAUUGCCAGACGUGACACCCCCCUCGGUGUUCGGUCAUCGGGUGUCAACGCUGGCGCCUUCUAUGCCCCUGCCAACAGCGGCAGGAACAUCACGGUGCUUGCAGGGCGCUUCACAGCCACGGCUACCAAUGGCUCCUCGGUCAGCAAUCUUGUGCUUAUUGAUGGUGCAAACAAUGAUGCGGUCUCGGGCCUCGGCUCCGAGAUCUCGGCCAACUCGACCUUCAGCGCGGUUGCCAUUCAAGGAGACAACCUGUUUGCCGGCGGUAAUGUUACUGGUACUGUCAAUGGGGCCCGCGUCAAUGGUCUCGUUUCCUACAACUUGGCCAACAAGAACUUCAAUGUUCAGCCACCCGUCCUCUCUGGGGGUAACACCACCGUUCACGCCAUCACCCUCCGUCCCAAUAGCGGCGAUGUCUAUGUCGGCGGAUCGUUCACAUCUGCCGGGUCUCUGGGUUGCCCUGGCGUCUGCUUUUACAGCUCUUCGGCCGGAACUUGGAACCGGCCUGGUCCCAACCUGGACGGAACUGUCAACACCAUGAUCUGGGCUAGCGACACGGUGCUGCUAGCGGGUGGGUCCCUCACGCUCAACGAGACGAUCAAGACUAGCCUGGCCAGGUUCGACACCAAUCGAGGAACAUGGGAGGCCUUCCCUGGCUUUGAUCAGCUCCCCGGACCGGCCGAAGUUCUUACGGCAGCGUCUCGCGAUGGCAACGAGGUGUGGGUGUCGGGAACUUCGACCGCCAACGGGACCAUCUACCUGAUGAAGUACGACGGCUCUCAGUGGCGUCCCGCCCCCGCCUUGGGCACCGGCUCCGUGCUUCGCAGUCUACAGAUGUUCACUGUGACAUCAGGCCAUGAAGAUUCGACCCUCGUUGCGCCCAACCAGGUGCUUAUGCUCACCGGCUCCAUCCGUAUCCCCAACUUUGGAUCUGCUUCAGCCGCCAUAUUCGACGGGACUUCCUACCGCCCAUUCGCCCUAACCUCGUCGCGCGACCGGACGUCUGGCACCAUCUCUCGCAUCUUUGUGGAGAACUCGCAGUUUUUCACUUCCAGCGAAGCCGGUCGUCUUCCACUCGUUGCCAUCGUCCUCAUUGGCCUCGGUAUCUCUCUCAUACUCAUGCUCCUCAUCGUCCUCGCGGGUCUACUUCUAGACCGUCUUAGGAAGAAGCGCGAAGGCUACAUCCCCGCUCCUACGUCCAUGUACGACAGGGGCAGCGGGAUCCAGAGGGUGCCCCCUGGAGAACUUUUGUCGACGCUCCGACAAGGUCGAUCAGGGCCGCCAACAUUAUGAUACGAUGAUGACGAUUACGAAAGGUAGCCAGACUCCAUUUGUGUUUGUCUGGCAGGGCGGCGUUUUAUGGUCUGGAUUUUAACUCAUUUUGGGCGGCGUUGGUCUUUUCUUCUUUUGUUGGCACACACGAAUCUUUGGGGGCGAAACUUUCUAUCCGAGACACCAAUGGCAUUCUCGACUCCCGUUGGCGGCCUCGAUUGUCUAGGUACCUUUCGACCCCCAAGCAUUGUGGGGGAUUGACUGGGCAUCUCGCUCGGUUGAUGGGGGCAACCUUAAUACCUUCUUGACUUGAUACCCCUACCUGUUCUGCUACCAGGGCACAGGUGCAGGGCACGUCCCCUGUGGGCUCGCAACGAACGGGUUCCUGCCGAUGAUCCUCGCGGUCCGGAUUCCCUGUUCAACACGGCCAUCUUUCACAAUCUUUCACCUACUUUUUUUUUUCUCGCCGCUUUCUUUCAAUCUUUCCACAGAAAGGCUUUGUUCUGCUUCGUUUCUACGAAUUACGACCGCUCAAAUAUGUCGGUAAUGUUUAACCUGUCUAUUUCCGUUGGAGGAACUUCCAACGUCACCUACAUCCCUUACCACCAAUCGCUCGCGAUGUACAUUACUUUCUCCUCCUCUAAAGAUGCCCAGAAAAGACGUCCUCCGUUUGAUACUCUCUGCCCACAUCAUCUCAGGGAGCUCUUUGCCUACAUCUUGUGCCUCGUGUUGAUCUUUUUCUGCCCUUGUUGCUCAUGCCUAGCUCCAGUCAUCCUUGGCUGGGUUUCGUUGAGCGUGUGUUUGCUUGCUUCUCGCCAUUUCCUAAUGCUGUGCUCGGCGCUGUGGCAGGCCAUCUGGAUCGUUGAUUUCUCCCUCCUAGUUCCGUCGCAGUACCGGACGCAAGUCUUACCACUGCUCUGUUUUUUUCUCCAUCACCCGCCGUUCUGUGUUGAUAUCCAAUAUCUUUCUUUCUUUUUUUGCUGGCGCAGACAAGUGCCAAACUCAUGGUAGAUAGACAAAAACACCGCGGAGCUAUGUCCCAUAAUCCAGCUUUCCGCGGGGGAGAAAAUAAAGCAUUUGUCAGACAGACGGCCAAGCACACGGAUCGAUCGUCUUUGC